GAAAACGUAAACAUUGAACAUGUAUGAGAAACGUUUUUUAAAGUGGCUUUCGAAUGGUAAAACUUAGAUCUUUACUUUAUUUUUUGUGGUAUAACUACUCUUAUUCUCAGUGUUUUAGUGAUUUUCCUCCUGUCUUUCAAGUAUGGUUUUCAGUGUCCACAGAACGCACUCAGAGUCUCUUGAGCAACCCAUCAGUUGAUCGACCAGUGGGAAUGUCACAUCAGUAAAAGCGGUUUAAGCCACAGAUUGUCUCCAAUGAACUUUUCAAUCUUUUCUAAGAAUUUAAAACCCUUCAGUCACUAUUGAUUUUGUUCAUGUCAUUCCUCAAUGUGGCAGCAGCAAGCAUUCGUCAUUGACGCUAAGUUCAAUGCACACAGAGCCCAAAAUCAUCCAAAUUUCAGAACCUUGUAUAUUCGUAGAAGAAACCAACUUCUCCGAGAUUAUUCCAGACCAGAUGAAAAUGGUUUAAGAAGCCAGUAUUUGAAACUAAGAACUCAACUUUUGCAGCAACGUUACAAUGUAGAUUCCAUUAGCACAAGUCGAAGUAUCAGUGCCCGAAGCAGUAGCAGAGUGAGCUAUGUAAGUAUUAAUUCUAAUUUCUCCUUUUUAUUUAUCUUUGGGUGCAUUUCAACUACCAUAGAAAACUGAAUAUUUUCUCUUGAU